AAAUGAAAAUAAAAUGAUUUAUCAAAAUUGGAAAAUCUCAACAGCUAGCAUCGGAGGAGCUGAACUUGAAAAAUACAAAAAUGCGAUGAAAAGAAAUCCAAAAAUUCCCCACACUCUAUCUGAACUUUCAUCAAGCACAUUCCGUUAGUGCUAAAUUUUCAUACAAAUUUCUAGAGAUUUCGCCCAGGAAUCCGUAAACAUUCUCCACUACUAUGGCCACCGCCGCCUCCGCCACCUCGCCGUCACUGUUUUUCCCUUCAUCUUUGAGCUCAACGCCCCAAAGGCAGAACAGCUUAUUACCUUCUUCUUCGUCUUGUUUCUUCACCGGUGGGGCCCCAAUGCGGGGCAACAAGACACUUCUGCAAGUUUCUGCCUCAUCUGCUGUUCAAUCGAACAAGAGAAUGGCUGCUCGGAGGUUUGGGAGAGCGGUGGUGGUUGCUGCCGCUGAUUAUUAUUCCACUCUGGGAGUUCCGAAGUCUGCUAAUAGCAAGGAAAUUAAGGCUGCUUAUAGGAAGCUAGCUAGACAGUUUCAUCCCGAUGUCAACAAAGAACCCGGAGCAACUGAUAAAUUCAAGGAGAUCAGUGCGGCAUAUGAGGUACUAUCAGAUGACAAAAAAAGAGCUUUAUACGAUCAAUAUGGUGAAGCUGGAGUGAAGAGUGCUGUAGGGGGAGGUGGUGGUUACACGGCUACAAAUCCAUUUGAUCUAUUUGAAGCAUUUUUUGGGCCUAGUAUGGGUGGAUUCCCUGGAAUGGAUGGAGGUGGAUUUGGAACAUCACGUCGUAGUACUGUUUCCAAAGGUGAAGAUCUCCGUUAUGACAUGGUAUUGGAAUUUACUGCGGCUAUCUUUGGAGCUGAGAAAGAGUUUGAGCUGUCCCAUCUUGAAACAUGUGACGUUUGUGCUGGCACCGGAGCAAAAGUAGGCUCCAAAAUGAGAAUUUGCUCGACAUGUGGUGGCAGAGGUCAAGUCAUGAGAACUGAGCAAACACCUUUUGGCAUGUUUUCUCAGGUUUCAAUAUGCCCAAAUUGUGGUGGGGAUGGUGAAAUGAUAUCUGAAUCUUGCCGUAAAUGUUCUGGUGCUGGCCGUACACGAAUUAGAAAAGAUAUCAAAGUCAAAAUCCCUCCUGGAGUGAGCAAGGGCAGUAUUCUUAGAGUUGCAGGAGAGGGUGAUGCAGGACCAAAAGGGGGGGCACCUGGAGAUCUUUUUGUGUAUCUUGACAUCGAAGAGAUACCUGAGAUUCAAAGAGAUGGCAUAAAUCUCCUUUCUACUAUUCAAAUCAGCUAUCUGGAGGCCAUAUUGGGAACUGUUACAAAGGUAAAGACGGUUGAAGGAAUGACAGAUCUGCAGAUUCCUCCAGGAACUCAACCUGGAGAUGUACUGGUCUUGGCAAGAAAAGGUGCUCCUAAAUUGAACAGGCCAUCUAUACGUGGCGACCAUCUUUUUACCGUUAAAGUUAGCAUACCAAAACGCAUCAGUGCAAAAGAACGUGAACUACUUGAGGAGCUUGCUGCUCUUGGCAGCGCCCCUGCAAGCCGUACAAGAACUCGCCCAAAAGUUCAACAACCUGAUGAAAAUACAGAAGUUGAAACGAGUCCAACCACGGAAAAGGAAAAUGAAUCAGAAAAUGAAAGUGACGUAUGGAAGCAGUUGAAAGAUCUUGCUGGGUCUAUUGCUAAUGGAGCAAUAAAGUGGUUUAAAGACAACUUAUAACUCUACAUACGGGUCUGAGUCAUCCACGGCGAACACUGCAGCUUAGGCAUGCUGGCUGUUUCUCGACUACAAUCGUUACGCAGAUUUCAUGGAACAUUUUGCGCUUCCAGCAAUUGAAUGCUCUUCAGAUUAGCUGAGAAAUUUGAAUUAUAAUCCAUUGUGAUUUUUUUCACAAUUUUUCCCUAUGCUGUAAAUUGUAGCAUGAGUUAAUAUUCUUACUGCAGAGUGACCUCACUUUAAUUCUUUUGUAUGGCUGUGAAUCAUGUUAAUCAGUGAUGGAAAACAUUAGUUAGAAAUGUUGCCAAAAUUA